CGCUGGGUUCGAGGGCGCUAUCGCGCAUGCGCGCUUCUGCUCUUUUGCAGAAGCGUCGGCCAUAUUGUGUGAACCUAGGGCAUAGAAUGUGUCAAAAUUUGGUGCCCUAAAGUGCGUGUGAAUUGCUGCUACAGCUGCGGAUCUUGCCAUGCACUCGAGGUGAUAUCAUGGCCUGCCUAAACAGUCUCAAGCAGGACAUAAAGACGUUGGAAGCUUCCUUCCCAAAGAACCACGAACGAUUUCAAGUGGUAACUGCGUCGGUGGACGAACUCACUUGCCGAUUUAUCGGCCGGAACGCCAAGAAAUUCGAGAUCCACGCCAACAUCACAGAGACGUACCCUUCGACGCCCCCCGUCUGGUUCUCGGAGACGGAGGAGCCGAGCAUCAGCAACAUUGUGCAGCUGCUCACCAACACGUCGGGAAGGGACAACCACAUCCUGCAGCAGGUGAAGAUCUUAGUCAAAGAGCUAUGCAAGGUGCACAGCUUUCCAGAGCCCACGGAGCUGGAGACCAUGGACUGCAUGCCCGCCGUUCACCCGUGUGAGAGCGGGGACCUCCCGGAGCACAUGCACCCGGCCCACUCGGAGGAGGAGGACGACACGGACAUGGAGGAUGACCUCCACAUCGAGAUGGAGGAGGACUCCAGUGGGCAGGAGAAGGGCAAGGAGGACGGGCUGAGCACGGAACACCAUGCGACCCUGGAGCGGCUGCGGCAGAACCAGCGGCAGGACUACCUGCGGGGCUCGGUGUCCGGCUCGGUCCAGGCCACGGACCGGCUGAUGAAGGAGCUGCGGGAAGUGUACCGGUCGGAGAGCUACCGGCGGGGGGUCUUCAGCGUGGACCUGGUCAACGACUCCCUGUACGAGUGGAACGUCAAGCUCUUCAUCGUAGACUCUGACUCUCCCCUACACAGCGACAUGACCCUGCUCAAGGAGAAGGAGGGCAAGGACCACAUCCUGCUCAACAUCCUCUUCAAGGAGAACUACCCGUUCGAGCCGCCCUUCAUCCGGGUGGUGAACCCCAUGAUCUCUGGCGGCUACGUGCUUGGAGGCGGAGCGAUCUGCAUGGAGCUGCUCACCCGCCAGGGCUGGAGCAGCGCCUACACGGUGGAGGCGAUCAUCCUGCAGAUUGCGGCCACCCUGGUCAAGGGCAAGGCCCGCAUCCAGUUCAGCGGAAACAAGGUGGGCAGCGGCGGCCAGGCGGGAGCGGGAAGGGGCCAGUACAGCCUGGCCAGAGCCCAGCAGUCCUUCAAGUCUCUGGUACAGAUCCACGAGAAAAGCGGUUGGUUCACGCCUCCCAAGGAGGACGGAUGAGGGCGGACGCCCGUUGCCCGCUGUACAGAAGAAGAGGCGCCCCGGGCGGUCUCUCAGGGGAGGGCACCGGCGGCCGAGCGGACGGACGAACGCGUCGGCGCCCCGCGUCUGUCUGCGUUCAUCGACAUCCCACGUUUCUCUUGCGUUACUUCCGUUUAGGGCACUCUUAUUGUUUUUGUAGAAAUGCGAGUUCCUGUUUUGUAUCCACCGAGACGCCCCCACCCUUGCCCCUCAAGAGACCGCCUGGCGACCGCUCGGCGACCCUCCGGAUCCCUCGACGGACGUUUCCCUUUGUUUCCUGCAUUAUCUUGCUUUGUUUCUAAGUGUGCGAAUAAACCGAGAAGUGGGAGUGACA